GCUGCUUUCUUUAAGUGAGCAGAUUUAUUAAGUAUCUCAGCCAAAAGAGUUACUACCACAGAGACACCUGGAUAGGAAACUGAGGCAUAAGUUCAAUGACUUGUCCAAAGUCAUGUAUCCAGUAAGGGCCUGGGGUCAGAUUUGCCUUCCUGACUCCACAUCAGGAGCUCCAUCCAGCAUUCCACCCAGCAGAACUGAAGCUCUUACCACAAAAACAAAUCAUGAAUAAAACUGAUUGUAUCGAAGAACAGCACCAUAUAGACCACUAUUUGUUCCCCAUCAUUUAUAUUUUUGUGAUGGUCAUCAGCAUUCCUGCCAAUAUUGGGUCUCUGUGUGUUUCAUGCAUGCAAGUGAAGAAGAAAAAUGAAUUAGGAGUUUACCUCUUUGGUUUAUCACUCUCUGAUCUCCUCUAUUCAUCAACGUUACCCCUUUGGAUACAUUAUACUUGGAAUGAAGACAAUUGGCAAUUUUCUCCUAACCUGUGCAAAAUGAGUGCUUUCCUGAUGUAUGUGAAUUUCUACAGCAGCACUGCCUUCCUUUCUUGCAUCUCCCUUGAUAGAUACUUGGCAGUGGUCUAUCCUUUGAAAUUUCCCUACCUAAGAACAAGAAGAAUUGCCUUUUCCAUCAGCCUAUCAAUCUGGGUCAUAGAAGCAAUGUUCAAUGCCAUCAUUAUCUGGAAAGAUGAAACAUCUGUUGAAUUCUGUGAUACCAAUAAGAAUUAUACUUUGUGUUUUGACAAAUAUCCCCUGGAUAAAUGGCAAAGUGACUUCAACAUCUUUCGGACAUGCACUGGUUAUAUGAUACCCUUGGUUAUAAUUAUAUUUUGCAACAAAAAAGUCUACCAAGCAGUAAAGCAUAAUCAAGCUACAGAGAACCAUGAAAAGAAGAGGAUCAUCAAGUUGCUUUUAAGUAUCACACUCACUUUUUUCUUGUGCUUUACCCCAUUUCAUGCUAUGUUGCUGAUUCUAAGUAUUAGAAUAUACACCCCAAACUUAGGCAAGCAGAUAUUUAAGCUUUAUAGAAUUACUGUUGCCCUAACGAGUUUAAAUUGUGUGGCAGAUCCAAUUUUAUACUGUUUUGUAAGCGAGACAGGAAGAACAGAUAUAUGGAACAUAUUCAAAUUCUGCCAUCCAUCACAUAAAUCUCAAAGAAAAAUGACAGUCUCUAUGUCUACAAAAUACAGUAUGGAAUUAGAAAUAGCCGAAUAAAGCAGUGUUUUUCUUCUCCCUUCAUCUCCUUCCAUGGAGGAUUUUUUAAAAAUAUAUUCAUUAAAAAAUUUUUUUUGUUAGAAUUCUCUACAAUCCCUCCCCCACUCAUUGAGAAGAUAAGCAAUGUGUUAUCAAUUAGAUGGCUAGAGUGCAAAACAUAUUCCCAUAUUACCCAUGUUACCAAAAAAAAAAACCAAACACUAUAUUUCAACCUGCACUAAAACUUCAUUUGUUCUCUCUGUAUAAGCAGAGUUCUUCAGAAUUAUCUUGCAUCAUUUUCUCUAUCAGAACAGCUAAGAUCAUCACAACAUUAUUGUUCCUGUAUAUAAUGUUCUCCUUGUUCUGCUUAUCUCAUUUUGUGUCAGUUUAUAUGUCUUCCCAGAUUUUUUUGACACCAUCCUUUUGCUUGUCAUUUUGACAAGGGUGAACUCUGAAAUUGUGUCCCCUUUAAUCUGUAAAAACUGUAUCCCCUUUGAUCUGUAAAAGAAGGGAGAUUGGAGGUCUCAGACUCCAGAGAGUGUGGGAGAAGGCAUAUUUUCCAGACAAAGCUUUUCCUAACAUAAGCAGCAUCAGUCAAUUGGAAAUCUUGGGCAAAUCACUCCACAUUGAUCUUUUGGGUAGCCGGAUCCCCAUUCAGGAAACUCUAAAUUCUGAAAAAAGCCUUCAAAGUGAUUUUUAUUCAGUUGGGAGAUGCUGGUCUGAUAAUCAGCUCAAACUGCCCGCCAAGAUCUGCUCAUGACAUAGGUUUCUGUUAACUCAUUUUUUGCAAAUCUCCUCAUUAAGAGAUUUGUUCUCUAAGAGAGCUUCUUAAUGAAAAAUAAAAACUUCCUUUAUGUCACAGA